AGGUCUCAACGAUCAAUGAGUUUCUUUCUUUCUUUUCUUCUUUUUACAAAACUGCCUUGUUUAAUUGGAUAAGAAUACAAGGGUGUAGUAUAACCACAGGUAUCACAGCAAUAUAAAAUGUGGCACGCACAAAAAUAAACCAAAAGAACAUUAGAAAAUAAACUUUCACUCUCAUUGAACUAGAGAAUGGAAAAUAAAAUAAACUCACUCUCAAUGAACAUUAGAAAAUAAACUUUCACUCUCAAUGAACUAGUGAAUGGGAAAUCUAUUUACAUUAUACAGCCAAAAAACAACUCAAGGCCUAUUCUUCUCCAAAGGCAGUUUGCCUCAUUGAUGGGUGAAAGAGUAACAUUUUUAUUGAAACAAAACUGCCUUGUAUUAAUUUAAAAGAAGUGUACUUCAAAAAUCCACAAGUAUCAUCAACAAAGAAAGUUGAUACAAAGAAUUAGGAAAACAGAAACUAGAGAGCGGAAUGAAUAGAAAAAAAUAAUUACAAAAUGUUAUGAUCCCAUAUCGACUAAGAGAUUGAUUGGUGGUAUAUAACUACUUAAGACUUGUUAGAUAUUAGAUGUAUAUUAGCUGUAAAAGAAUUAGAUAUUUAGUAGAUAUUUAGUAGAUAUUUAGUCUCCUAACUUUGUAUAUAAAUAUGUAUUAUUCUAUGAAAUCAACACACAAUUCGAAUCACUAUUUUCUACAUGGUAUCAGAGCAUUGUGAUUCAAAAUUCGAAAUUCGAAGUUAGGGUUCUGAAUAAAAAAAAAAAAAGAAAAAUUAGGAUUUGAGUUUAGGGUUGUUUUUUCGAAAAUCCUAUUUGGAGUGAACAUUUUUUCUCACCGCCCACAUAGGAGGACUGCCCAGCCGCCGAUCUACGAACCCCCGAAGUCCGGUCGCCGGAUUCCUCGCGCGUGGGGCUCACGCGCCGCCUGAAGCUUCUGCGCGUGGGGCUCACGCGCCGGCGCGUGGAGGCGCGUGUGACGGCGCCUUCGACGGCGUUCUGUUGCCGAUUCUUCACUGGGUUCUUCUAAGCCCACUCGCAUCUGUUCUAGGUUGUAAUUCGGUAUUUGUUUGUUUUCUUCGUGUUUGGGUGUUCAUUCUUUGGUGUUCUUUUGUUCUUUUUCUUUGUCCUUUGUGUUUGCUUUUGAGAUUAUGGCAGAGAUAAGAUCAGAUUCAAAAUCAGUUGUUGUUUCUGAUGUUGUUCCCGUGAUGUCUAAAAUUACGGAUCAUAAGUUGAUUGGUUUGAAUUAUUUGGAAUGGAGUAAGACGAUUCGAUUGUAUUUGAGGAGUAUUGACAAAGAUGAUCACUUGACUGAUGAUCCUCCUGAAGAAACAAACGAUUCAAGGAAAAUAUGGCUCCGUGAGGAUGCUCGCUUGUUCCUUCAAAUUCGAAAUUCUAUCGAUAAUGAGGUAAUUAGUUUGAUUAAUCAUUGUGAAUUGGUUAAAGAACUAAUGGGUUACUUGGAGUUUUUGUAUUCUGGCAAAGACAACAUAUCUCGCAUAUAUGAUGUUUGCAAAGCUUUUUAUCGCGCGGAGAAACAAGAUAAGUCUCUUAUGAAUUAUUUUAUGGCUUUCAAGAAAACAUAUGAAGAACUUAAUGUGCUAUUACCCUUUAGUCCUGAUGUAAAAGUUCAACAGCGCCAACGAGAACAGAUGGCUAUUAUGAGUUUUCUUGCAGGACUCUCAUCUGAAUUUGACUCUGCAAAGUCACAAGUUCUCUCUGGUUCUGAUGUCUCCUCUUUACAAGAUGUGUUUACUCGUGUUCUUCGCACAGAGACUACCUCUUCAACUCCUCUUAAUAGCGCCUUGGUGAGUCGUAAUAAUUCUGCACCGGAAAGAAACUCUACUCCCAGUGGAUUUAAAGGAGGUAAUUCACAAGGACCUGAUAACCGCACACCAAAUUCUGGGAGCAUCAUGUGCAAUUAUUGUAAGAAACCAGGCCACACCAAGUUUGAGUGUAGGAAGUUACAAUUUAAGAAUCGACAACAACACUCUGCCAAUAUUGCAAGCACUAGUGAUGCAUCUGACAAAUCGGUCCUUAUUUCUGCUGAUGAAUUUGCCAAGUUCUCAAGGUAUCAGGAAACACUUAAGUCUUCAUCUUCUUCUGUCACUGCGAUUGCUGAUUCAGGUAACUCUAAUGUAUGCCUUCUUUCCAAAUCCUCAAAAUGGGUCAUUGAUUCUGGUGCCACAGAUCAUAUGACAGGUAAUUCCCGUCUCUUUUCCACUUUUCAGUCUCACAGUCCCACUUCUGUUGUCACCUUAGCUGAUGGGUCAACAGCUUCUGUUCUUGGAUCUGGCACUAUUGUUCCUACACCUAUGCUAUCUUUGUCAUCAGUCUUACAUUUACCUGAUUUGUCCUUUAAUUUGCUUUCUGUUAGUCAACUCACUCGUAAUCUAAAUUGUUGCAUCUCAUUCUUUCCUGAUCAUUGUUUGUUUCAGGAUCUUAUGACGAAGAAGAUUAUUGGUAAAGGACAUGAAUCUAGUGGCUUGUAUGUUCUUGACCCACUUCCGCCAACCUCUAUUGUUUGUUCGAGUGUUGCUUCCGCUUUUGAGGCUCAUUGUCGUUUAGGUCAUCCAUCCCUUCCUUUGCUCAAGAAACUGUGUCCCCAAUAUAGUAGUUUAUCUUCGUUAGAUUGUGAGUCAUGUCAGUUUGCCAAACAUCAUCGUGUUAGUUUGAGUCCACGUGUCAAUAAACGUGCUAGUGUUCCUUUUGAGUUAGUUCAUUCUGAUGUUUGGGGUCCUUCUCCUAUUUUGUCUCAACUCGGAUUCGUGUAUUUUGUUACUUUUGUGGAUGAUUAUUCUCGUGUAACUUGGUUAUAUUUAAUGAAAAAUCGUUCUGAGUUGUUUUCUAUAUUCUGUGCUUUUUGUGCUGAGAUUCAAACUCAAUUUAAUGUAUCUAUUCGUACUUUGAGAAGUGAUAAUGCCAAAGAGUACACGUCUGCUCAAUUUCAAUCUUAUAUGACCUCUAAUGGCAUGCUUCAUGAAACUUCUUGUGUUGAUACGGCACCUCAGAAUGGUGUUGCAGAACGUAAAAACAGACAUCUUCUUGAAACUGCACGUGCUCUCUUGUUUCAUAUGAAAGUUCCUAAACCUUUUUGGGCCGAUGCAGUUUCCACGGCAUGCUUUCUUAUUAAUCGCAUGCCAUCCUCUGUUCUUAAUGGUGAAAUUCCAUUUAAAAUUCUUUUUCCUAAUAAGUCAUUAUUUCCAGUUGCUCCGCGAGAUGGUAGUGUUUGUUUUGCUCGCGAUGUCCGUCCAUCUGUCACCAAAUUAGACCCUAAGGCACUAAAGUGUGUCUUUCUUGGUUAUUCUCGUCUUCAGAAAGGGUAUAGGUGUUAUUGUCCUGAUCUCAACAAAUAUCUUGUUUCUAUUGAUGUUACCUUUGUAGAAAAUACACCUUAUUUUUCAUCUUCCACUACUUCUACUAGUCCGGGGGAGGAUGAUGAUUUGUUAGUUUAUUCUGUCACAUCCUAUGCGCCUGCUACAUGUUCUGGCGGGUCUCUUGUUCCUUCACCUGUCUCGGUCGUCACCCCCGCAAUACCACCUCCACCACUCCCUCGGCCUCCACCACCUCCACCACUCCCUCGGCCUCCACCACCUCCACCACCUCUACCACCUCCACCACUCCCUCGGCCUCCUAUAGUGUACACCAGGCGCCCCCCUCCUCCACCUCCUGUUUCAUGUCCUGCACCUGCAUCUUCAUCAUCAGAUCUGGAAAUCUCAGAUGAUCUUCCCAUUGCACUACGUAAAGAAAAUUAAAUGAACGGCAACAUGCUCUUUUGGAGGAAUUUGCAAAGGAGGAAAUAAAUCAAGGAGAAAAUAGUUUGAACGAGGGAAACUGGUUGCAGAAGUUUUUUGAACAUUUGGCGGGUCCUAAGUUUGUGCUUGAACUAUCCAUGU